UUCAUUUCUUGCAGUUGAUAUUGAUUGUUGAUCCCUAUCUUCUAUUACGUUUUAUGCAGUGAGAGAUGGUUGCUUUUGGGAAAAAGUUGAAGGACAGACAAAUCGAAGAAUGGCAAGGAUAUUACAUCAAUUACAAGCUCAUGAAGAAAAGAGUAAAACAAUAUGCUCGCCAGAUUGAAAUGGGAGAUCUUGAACGCAGAUACGUUCUCAAAGACUUCUCAAGAAUGCUUGAUAGCCAGAUUGAAAAGAUUGUUCUUUUCUUAUUGGAGCAACAAGGGCUUCUUGCAAGCAGGAUAGCAAACCUUGGAGAAGAACAAGAUCUGCUACAGACCGAGCCUGAUUUACCAAAAAUAGCCUGUUUACGAGAAUCCUAUAGAGACAUUGGAAGAGAUCUACUAAAGCUUCUGUUUUUCGUUGAAAUAAAUGCAAUUGGACUUCGAAAGAUUCUUAAGAAGUUUGAUAAACGUCUCGGCUACAGAUUUACCGACUACUACGUUAAGACUCGAGCGAACCAUCCUUAUUCCCAGCUUCAGCAAGUGUUCAAGCAUGUGGGUUUAGGGGCAGUGGUAGGAGCCAUAUCUCGAAAUCUAGCAGAACUUGAGGAUCGUCGAGGGAGUUUUUUAUCCAUCUAUGAUCAACCUACUCGUCCUCUCCAGGAUCCUGUGAUCGAUUCCAUAAAAGCAGCAGUAGACAGAUUAUCUUACUCAACAAAUUUCCUUACGUUUUUAGCACAACAUGCUCUUAUCAUGCACGAAGAACUACCAACGCCUACAGAAGAACCUGUCGAUGAUCAAAGAUACCAUUUUAUGUCGCUUUUCUUGAACUUGGUGAAUACGUUUCUUUAUAUGGUGAAUACAUACAUUAUUGUUCCAACAGCAGAUGACUACUCCAUGAGCCUAGGAGCUGCAGCAACUGUUUGUGGGGUUGUGAUUGGUGCAAUGGCUGGUGCCCAAAUCUUUUCUUCCAUUUAUUUUAGCGCAUGGUCUAACAAAUCGUACUUCCAACCAUUAGUCUUUAGCAGCAUUGUUCUUCUUGUGGGCAAUGUCAUGUAUGCGUUGGCCUAUGAUUGGAACUCCAUAACAGUGCUUUUACUCGGACGCUUAUUUUGUGGACUGGGGUCUGCUAGAGCAGUGAACCGGCGAUAUAUCAGUGAUUGCGUACCUCUGAAGAUCCGGAUGCAGGCUUCAGCUGGUUUUGUGAGUGCGAGUGCUCUUGGAAUGGCUUGUGGCCCAGCACUUGCUGGUUUACUACAAGUGGAAUUCAAGAUUUACAUGAUCACUGUUAACCAAAACACACUACCUGGUUGGGUUAUGGCUGUCGCAUGGUUAUUGUAUUUGAUAUGGCUCUGGAUUUCAUUUAGGGAACCUGCCCGUCCGUUUCUCGAGGAUGAUGACCGUGAAUAUAGUGCAGGUCGAACGGAGGGUGAUGCUCUUGAAAAAGGUCCAACACAACCACUACUUUUAGGUUCAGAGGCACAUCAAGAUGAGGAAAACGAUGAUCAAGAAUGCGAUGGGAGCGAAGAACCUUCAGAAGACUCACGUGCACCCGUUAAUUCCAUAGGAGCAGCAUAUAAGUUACUCACACCUUCCGUAAAGGUUCAACUGUUGAUAUAUUUCAUGUUGAAGUAUGCAAUGGAGAUAUUGUUGGCAGAAUCUAGUGUGAUCACUUCAUACUACUUCAAUUGGACAACCGGUAAAGUUUCAAUAUUUCUUGUGUGCCUCGGCCUAACUGUUCUUCCCGUAAACAUGAUUGUCGGAAGCAAUAUCAGCAACAUGUUCGAAGACAGACAAAUUUUACUAGCUUCCGAAAUCAUGGUUUGUUUGGGGAUUAUCGCGAAUUUUCACAUUAUAGUUCCUUAUACCGUGACUCAGUACGUAACAUCAGGACUCAUAAUGUUCGUUUCUGCUGAAGUUUUAGAAGGUGUGAAUCUGUCGCUUCUCUCACGUGUUAUGUCAUCACGUCUAUCUCGUGGGACGUUUAACGGUGGACUACUGUCGACUGAAGCUGGAACAAUCGCUCGAGUGAUCGCAGAUGCCACCAUAACGUUAGGAGGGUAUGCGGGUCAGAAUAGACUCUUGAAUGUUACUUUACUACCGGCACUCGCGAUCUGCAUAUUGGCGAUCAUCGGCACAUGUUUGACCUACAACACUCAAUACUGAUGAUCAUUUGAAUCAUACAUAGAGGUCCAAAUCUUUAAAAUGCAACGAGUCUUAGAUGUGGAAAUAUAUAGAUUUUCUUCUUGUUUGGUUUAUUUAUUAAU